GGCGCAUGCGCGGGGCGGGUCUCCUUGGCGCCGCGCGGAGGGCGAGCGCAGGCCUCAAGGAGAAGGUAGAGGGAGGGGAGGGAAGGGGGCUCGGGGGCCGCUGAUUCUCUCGCCGUCGCCAUGUUCCUGUGUGCUCCCCUGCGGGCUGCGGCCGCACACUCGAUAAGACAGAUUCAGAACUUACAUAGGGCAGCAGUCCGCAAUGCCAGUGGAGGAGCCUUAUUUGUGCACAGAGAUAGUCCUGAAAAUAAUCCAGAUACUCCAUUUGAGUUCACACCUGAAAACCUGAAGCGAAUAGAAGCAAUCAUAAACAACUAUCCAGGGGGACACAAGUCUGCAGCUGUCAUGGCAGUACUAGAUUUGGCCCAAAGACAGCACGGAUGGUUGCCCAUAUCAGCUAUGAACAAGGUUGCUGAAAUUUUAGAAAUGCCUCCCAUGAGAGUGUAUGAAGUAGCAACCUUCUAUACAAUGUAUAACCGCAAACCUGUUGGGAAAUACCACAUUCAGGUCUGCACUACCACACCUUGCAUGCUGCGGGACUCUGAUAGCAUUUUAGAAGCCAUUAAGAAGAAACUUGGCAUAAAAGUUGGGGAAACAACACCAGAUAAACUCUUUACGCUGAUAGAAGUGGAAUGUUUAGGUGCUUGUGUAAAUGCACCAAUGGUACAAAUAAAUGACAAUUACUAUGAAGAUUUGACACCCAAAGAUAUUGAAGAAAUAAUUGAUGAGCUAAAGGCUGGCAAAGUUCCCAAACCUGGCCCAAGGAGUGGACGCUUUUCUUGUGAGCCAGCUGGUGGCCUUACUUCUCUCACUGAACCACCCAAAGGACCAGGUUUUGGAGUUCGAGCUGACCUGUAAUGAUUUUUGUUAUAGGAGGAACUGUCUGAAAAUAAUAAAGUAACUUUAAUCUCAGUAAAAUUGUGCAUUCUAAUACUUUUUUUUAAAAGAAAGCAUACGCAAUUAGAGUAUCUAACUUACUACAGUUUAAACUAAUGUAAACCAUAAUUGUAAUUCUGUGAAUCACUGAAGGAGUCCACUUAAGACCACUGUGUUGAAAGUUGCACCUUUUGAUCUGCCAUUGAAAGGUUCUUUGAAGUGACAGAACUAAAUUACAAGUCUGGCAAAUGCACACAGAAGCAAACUACAAGGAGAUGAGCUGACAAAACAGCACUGGCUGCUACUUUUCAUUGCAGUUUAAAACCAGAAGAACAAACAGGAAGGCUGACCUUAACAGUUGUGUUUAAAAAAAAAAAAA